CUAUUCACUUCAGGACGGUAUUUCCGACUCAUACCUCGUCGAUAACAGCGACCCACGUCUUAGUUUACAAAUUUAGACGACUCUUUUGACUGCUGAGCGUCAACUACCAACCGAGCGUUCAAGACAGCUCCUACCCAACCUGGCAAGGUCGAGAGUUUCAAGCGUGAAACGUACGUUCUAGCGUUUUUACAGCCGUCGACUCUGCAUGCGUUUGCUACAACAAGCGGAGGUACAUCUCGUAACGCCGGUAGUUCAGUGAUUCAACACGCAUGCCUCCACCGCCGCCGCCCCCUCCGGGGCCCCCUCCUCCACCGACGUUUAGUCAAGCGAAUACAGUACCACCUCAGCUAAGUAAGAAAGAGGGAAAGUCAAGAGGUGCGCUGCUGGACCAGAUUCACAAAGGAGCGAGGUUGAAAAAGGCGGUGACUGUAGACAAGAGUGGACCAUUACUUGAAAAGCCAAAGUCGAGCGUUGGAGGAGGCACUAUGGGUUCUGGUGGCGGAGCAAGUGUUGGAAGUGGCAGUGGAAUGGGAGGUGGUGGAGGAAGUCUGGGAGGUCUGUUUGCUGGAGGAAUGCCGAAACUCAAAUCUGCAAGGGACAGAGACAAUUCGCGACCGUCAGGAGGGCAUAAAGCGUUUCAUCCUCCUUCGGCUACUAAUGGACCAACACCAGUUUCAUCAAGUUCUCGUGGUCCGCCAUCAUUUGGAAGGCCUCCAUCUAAUCCUAUUCAUGAACUUCAGCCAAGGCAAGUAAACAAUGCUCCUCCUGCUCCAAGAAGUAGUGGCCCUAUGCCUCCACCGUUGGGAGGGAGUAAUGUACCUCCUCCACCGGCGAGAUCUAACCCAGCACCUCCUACGCCUGGAAGAUCUAACCCUCCACCGAUGAGGUCUAAUCCUCCUCCUCCUCCUCCGGGGAGGACAAAUGCAUCGGCUGCACCACAAGGACGAUUACCAUCUUUACCGUCAACUCCAAGUAGGUCUGGAGCUCCACCUCCUCCACCAGGUCGCUCACAACCUCCUCCACCAGGUCGCUCACAACCUCCUCCACCAGGUCGCUCACAACCUCCUCCUCCACCUCCAACCAGGAAUAGCUCUGCUCCAUCUCCACCUAGAGAAAAUGCGGGACAUCCGCCACCCCCACCUCCUGGUCGAGCGCAACCUCCUCCUCCACCGCCUGCUUUUACUGGUCAAAUGGCACCACACAGUCACUCACAACAUCCACCUCCACCACCACCUGGCAGAUCACAGCCGCCUCCACCACCGCCGGGAAGAUCUCAACCUCCACCACCACCAGGGAGAUCACAACCACCUCCGCCUCCAUCAGGCAGGUCACAGCCUCCUCCACCUCCACAUGGAAGAUCACACCCUCCACCUCCACCUCCGGGUAGAUUGCAUUCGCGAUCUACAGAUGAAAAUGGUGUAGAUGAUGGUAUUAACGGUAUGUCUACUGACUCACAUAGAUCAUCAGGCAACCCUUCUUUUCCUCCAGGACGAACCAGUGUGUUGGGACCUCCACCACCGCCUGUUAGAGCUAACAGCACUGGAGGAGGAAGGGGAGCUCCACCACCUCCACCUAAUAGAUCUUCGCAACCUCCACCACCUCCAACUAGAGCAAGUGGACCUCCAUCAAUGGCUGCUCCACCACCGCCGCCUCCAACUAGACAGUCUGCUCCUCCUGCUCCUCAUAGAUUAUCAGGAGUUCCUAGCGGACGAAGACCACAAGAUGGAGAAGAUUUUGAAUCUCGCUUCACAUUUUCCGAUGACCUUCCUCCUCCUGAUAGAUGGGAGGCUGGACCCAAAACGUAUCCUAGCAAAGCAAGAAGUGCCAAAGCUAACCGAGGUAGAAGUCCUCAUGCUGCGCCUAGUGUUCCUGCACCGGCACCACCUUCCAUGGGUGGAAGAGGAGCACCUCCACUGCCACCAACAUCGGCAGGAGGAAGAGGCCCACCUCCACCUCCACCUCCACCUCGAUAAACCUACACAGACACUGUGUGAUGAUGAAUAACGAUGUGUAAAGUAGACUUUCUGUUUGGAUAGGUAUGUACUGUGGGUAACUUGACUUAUUUGUAUCAGGUUUAGUGGUGGUGAUUGAUGCGGUGUCAUACCUAAAAGAUGGGCUUAUUGCUCAAUAUAAAUUGGCAUGUUAUGAGUGGCUUGAAUCAUAGUAGCUCUUAUGUGAUGAAUUUUUGAUGUAACCUGUAACCAUUGCCAACAUAGGCAGUUUUGGGACAUGACUGGUAUUGUGUAGUUUGUUCAUAUUGAUGGUAUGUAAAUGUAUCAUAACAACCAUAUGACGAUA